CAUUUAUAAGUCAUAUAUUUCCUCGUAUAUCAUCAAAUGCGCAAAACAACGAUGGCCCAGGAAUUAGACCACCACGCUCGUCGGAAAAGAGUGGCGGACGAGCUUGUGAAAGGCAAAUAUUUGGCUACUCAGCUUCAAACCCUACUUCUUCAAAACCCCAGCAUAGACCAUAUUGCAUCGUCCAACUCAUUGGUUCCCCAACUGUCUCUUGAGAUCUUCAGGUCUUUCACGGAUGCCCUCUUCCAGAUCAAUAACUGCCUCGACACGCCGCCACCGCAGCUGCACAAUCUCUCGAGCUCCGGUGAUGAUCGGAAGCGCUCGGAAGACUCCGACAGCUGGUGGCGCGUCGAGAACAACACCGCGCAGCAGCCUUCAACUAAAUCUCGCAGAGGGUGCUACAAAAGAAGGUACACCUUUGUGCGUUCAUGUAUUUUACACAUGUAGAGAGAGUAGUGCAUAAUAAAUUGAUGAUACUAAGCUUGGAAAAAAUACAUAAUAAAUUGUAUAUGUACUUUGAUAGCUUCACUUUUAAAUGAAGUAAUCCGGUAACCCAUAUACUUUUAAGUUUAUUGGGUUGUACCACUUGAAAUUUCGCGCAAAAAAUCAUACUACAUCACGAAUUGAAUUGCAAUUUGUGAGUUUUAAGGUUGACUGAUGGAAGAUAAAGUUAAAUCAUUUUUGUGAAUGGGUAAUAAAUUUUAAUAAUUUAAAUUUCUGAGGAUGGGUGUUGAAUUUUUUUAGAAGUAAUAAAUCUUAUAUUAAGAUCUUGAACUAAUUUUAAGUGAUUUUAGGAUAGACACUUGCACCCACAUAUUCUACACACCAUUUCUAUUACAAACUCGUAAAAUAGAACGUACUUAAUUAAUUCGAGUUCAAAAUUUUAUAUAGAAAUUGUUCGUGCCACGCCAUUGCAACCAACUGAAACCGAGUAAUGCAAACGAUUGAACGUGGAACGACGUUUGCACUCUAGGCACAAUCACCAAUCGCCAGAAAUAACGUAAUUUUAUAAUCUGACAACUUAUUUAGGGAAUUCACACAAUUUUAUAACUGUACAGCUUUUCAUCUUUAUCCGUGUUUUUUUAUUACGUUAUUUUUUUGUUUCAUUUUCAGAAAAACUUCCGAGGCGUGGACGAUUGUGUCUAAACCAAUGGAAGAUGGUUGUUCAUGGAGAAAAUACGGCCAGAAACACAUUCUCAAUUCAGAAUAUCCGAGGUGCUAUUUUAGGUGCACCCACAAGCACACCCAAGGGUGCAAAGCAACAAAGCAGGUUCAGAGAGUUUCAGAGAAUGAGUACCAAACCACAUACUUUGGUAACCACACCUGCAAAGAAGAUCCAAAUUAUGCUCCUCCCAAUCAAGUUCAAGCAGAAGAGGAAGAGAAUGAACAUUCCUCUUUUUACAAAUAUUAUCACAAGGAAGAUGAAUCUUUAACUGUUUCUGGGUCGGAUGAGUCAUCACUACUUGCUGAAGAAAUGACACAAUUUAAUCCUCAAGGAGCUAACAAUGAUAAUAAUAGUAUUGAGUAUCAUAGCUGCUUCGAAAAUCUGGACAAUAUCCUCCGGUCGGAUGAGAUGUUACUCCUAAACUUCUUAGACAACUAGAGUCCGUUUGGUAACACGAAAAUCGACUGAUUCAGCCGAUUCAGCUGAAAUAUAUGAAGUUCUGGCUGAAGUGGUUGCAUUGGCUUAUUCUGUUGAUUUAGGAAAAAAUUAGUUUUAAAAUAUAUUUUAUUAAUAAAAUAAAGGAAAAAAUAUAUUUAAAAAUAGCUAAAAUGGUCGUCUACGGUGACUUCAGUCAAUACGGCCAGAAAAGUAACUUCAAGUCUCCAACCUUUUUUUUCUUAUUAUUACACAAUUCAGCACGCGAAAACAAAAGUUACGUGUUUGGUGAAAAAAUUGGCUGAUAAGCCGAAAAACAGUGUUACCAAGCGGCCUCCUAAUCAUCGACAAUAUGUAUAAUUAAUGUGUGUGUUUGUUUGUCAAUAAUCUAGGCACACACAUCAAUUAAAUCUCCUACAAUAGUAAAGAGUUGAAUAAUAAUGUACAAAAGUAGUUAAUUAAGAUCUUACUUUUGGAUAUUGUUCUGAAUUUAUUCUUAUUCGAUCAUGAAUAAUAUUGAGUGAUCGCUUUGAUUAUAAGCACACUCACAAACAGUCGCGUUAAGGAUAUGAAUUAAGAGCAAAUUAAGUAACGUUGUAGUUUUGUUUGUGUAAAUUAUUGAAUUUGAUUGGAUCUAAAAUUAAUCACUGAUUUUGAACGUUACUAGUUUUAGUGUCUAAGUUCUGCCCUUUAAUUUCCAUCAAGCGUAUGUCAAUUUUGGGGUGUUUGGAACUGAUUUUGAUUCUGAUUCUGCUUCCGUUUUAAAGCAGAAGCAGAAUCAGAAUCAG